UAAAUGAAGCUUAUGCCUAGUGCAAAAAUAGAAACAGCUCCCGAAAUAAGGUUUUAGCAACAAAAAGAAGGCAAAGAGGCAAAAACGGUAAAACCCUCGCCGGAGCAAAAUGGAGCAAGUAAUCGUCGCGCUGAACAGGGUGGCCAGCAGCAACUUCGUUGUCAACACGUUUAUGGGCGCCAUCUUCUGCGUUCUGGCAGGGAGGUCGUGGGCUCAGGGCCAGACCGUGCGGGCGCUCGAGGAGGAGAACGAGGCACUGCUCAAAUCAAACAAGCAGAUGAAGAGCACGAUCUGGGAAUGGAAGCAGACGCUCUACGCGGAGGCAAAAGCUAAUCCCAAGAAAGCUCUCGUCCCCCUUUCCACCCUCCAGACUAUCUACGGCGAUGUUGUUAGUCCAGUCCCCGAAUCUGCUGGAGAAGAUGAUGAAGAAGAAAACCCGUCCAAGGCAAAGAUCAUUAUCUAAUUUUCUUUUUGGAAGAGAGAAAGGUGCCAGCAUUUUGUGGUAAGUAGCAUCAACUGGUAGCAGAAUGAAACUAGAGAAAGCUUGCAAUUAUCCUGCCCCGUGUAAUAUCAUUCUACUCCAAUACCGUUGUUGGACGUAUAUAAUUAUGCCGUUUUACACGAUGAAACGGUUGAGAAGCAUUUUUCUCUUUCAGUCGACUAUCUUGUUGAGUGACCAAUCUACUGAGGCCUCAAAGUAUGGCAUAGAAAAGAUUAGUAUGGAAAGGGAAAAGCAUGAAAUAUUGAAAUUGCUAUAGAUUAAGCAUUAUUGCUCAAUAAAUGUUUGGAUGGGCCUAUCUACCAACUUUUUCUA